UGAAACUCAGUCGAGUACGAUCGGCCGAUCGGUGAACGUGCGUGUUCGACGACUUGUAUUAGUUACGUGCGUGUGUAUGUGUAUUGCUCUUGCGGUCUCGAGACGCAGUAUAGUGUCCCGCAUUCCGCGGACAUGUAAAAAGGUGCCUUGUCGACGAAAUUAUUGACAGAACUUUGUUCCCUCUUUCAAACGUUCAACUUGUGUCCUCUAAUAAACAUAAAUAACAAAGAACGCGUUAAAGAGAAAUGAAUUAGAACGCUCAUAUACGAAAAUUAUCAAAAAGGUAAACACAGAGAGAAACUGACAUUCUGUUAAGUGAAUUAUAAACGUGUGAGUCACCGUUGAAGGUUCGACUCCAAGAGGAAGAAUGAGAUACCUCACGUGCUUGUUAGCAUUGGGAGCGUUGGCUGCGGCAGCCUUCGCCACGAUCAAGAAUGACACGUCGACAGUUGAUGUGCUUAUUGUUAGACAAGCUCUAUUUCAUCUGGAGAAGGAGCUGAAGAAAGAUCUGGCUGACGAACGUAAAUGGAUCAACGCCGAAGCGCAAGAAAAGUACCUGUAUCUUAUCAGGACAUACAAGAGAUUCGGAGACCAAGUGGACGAACGAUUUCCCCUGAACCGACGGGAUUAUCUGAAUUCUUUGGAUUCCCUGUGGCUCUGGGCCCGGGCCCAGACCGAGGCCAAAGGCGUCAAUGGCCUGUACGGGGUGUUCAGGCAGAUGCAGCGCGAGAUUGUCGAUCUGGAUGCACCGAUCAAUGUUAAACAGUUGGCAAAUUUCGCCGAGACGAUCCUGCGGGAUCCGAAUGCUGCGAUCCCGAGGGCUCUUGAUCGCAUCACGAAUCUGAUCGUCAACGAAAAAUUGUUCAUCGCGGCUUUUCAGGAAGCGUCACAGCAACUGUGCAAUGAGAUGCAAUCGCCGCAGCAACUGCUGUACAAUUUGUACAAUACCGUGGCGUUGACAGAGAUCAAGGGUUAUACUAUGAUCCAAUUCUCCUACAUGUUACUUCGUCUGUUCAACGAAGGCAAUAACUUUAACGAGGAGAUUCAGACGCUGAAAAAUCAAUAUGGGAUCAGGAUGUCCGAAACGUUAAGAGCCGUCAAAGUCGCAAUGGCUUUUGCCCCGAGAGAUCUUUGGAGAUGCGAUCCCAGUGUACAUAAAUUAGAUAAAACUUAUACCGAAUUGGAACAGCUGUUUCAAGGAUUCAUUGUAAACGAAGUAGAUUUAAACAAUGAAAACACGUGCAAGGAGAACUGCGGUUAUUACACAUAUAGUAAGGUGCACGGUUGCUUUAAGAAUCAAUUUUGCGCGCAACAACGUCGGUGUAAUGGCAAGAUAGUGCAAUGCGAGUACAUCGAUUCUGAUAUGUGGGUUUGUCCAUCAGAUAAAGAUAGCCAUAGACGGUACGAAUAUAUCGAGUAUGAAAAUGGUAUCGUUUACGGAAACAAAAAUACAUGUCGCAGAAGUACGACCAAAGUCGAUAGCUGGUGGCGAUGGAUUUUCUGGCAUUGCAGUUAUUGCUUUUGUUAUUGCGACGAUCAUAAUACGAGUUCCGAUCGAUAUUUUAGUCUCCGAUCCGUGACGUCCGAUAUCUCAAAUAAUAGAGUUAUAACGGGAAUAAGAUUAAAGAAGAUAAAUAAAAUUAUUCAUAUACAAAUCCAAGAGGGCCAAUUGUUACCACGAGGAGCAAUUAAUACGUCUACGACUGAAUGGCAGCCGGUCGAUGCCUUUUCGAUCUCGGACUUUAACGUUAAAAGUGAUAUUGAUUACCAUAGACUCGUGUGGGAAAAACGCGCUUUGGACCUCGAUGAUUUACAGUCGUCGCAAGAUCAUCUCCUGACAGGCAUUCGAUUCCGAAUGGUUGGUAGCCGUCUAAACUUGGAAAUAAUGGUGACUCCGUUCAAUUUCACGUCCGGAUUAUUAAUUCAACCUGAGGAAAAGAGCUUUUGGCAUAGCAACGACAUUACUGACAGAACCGAGCUAAAGUUUAUCGAACCCGACAUACCGAUUCGCGAAUUCCUGCAGAAUGUACCGGAUUCUGCGGUGAAUCAAUAUUUGAACUUCGCACCAAGCGAUCGACGAAAGGAUGCGGCGCAGAGCACGAUUCCCUUCCUUGAUAUUCAACCAAUUGUGCCAGACCCACCGGUACCGAUCGCGGGUGCUGGUAUCUUUCACAAGGGUCAAAGAAAAUCAGGCGGGUUUGUCGCUUUAAAAUUGAUCACUUAUGAUUUCGCGCCACAUCUACAAGUCGACCUACCACCAACACCACCAGUUCUGGAGACUCCGAACGAAAUAACAGCCUCAUAG